CUCUGCGCCACCGCGGGCACUUCCGAAUCGUCGUGCCGUGAUAUUUUUUUUUCUUGUUUCCUCCCUACACCAGUGGCGUUUCAUAUAAAAAUAGGAUCAAUCCUGUUGUCUAUAAAAAGACUUUGUAGUGUGACAUUUUUGCCACAAAGUUUAAGCCGGAAUUUGCAUUUUUGCUAUUUGACCAGCAGGGUAGAUGCCAUUGAACGACGUAAAGAUGCAGCAUCAAUGCGAAACGGAGGAUUGUAAGAAAACGGCCACCCUCCAGUGUCCGGUGUGCCUCAAGAUGGGCAUCCAGGGAUCGUACUUUUGCGGCCAGGACUGCUUCAAGAGUUCCUGGAAGGCACACAAGGUGAUUCACCUGCUGGCGAAGGGUAAAGAGGAUAAGAACGUGUACAAUCCGUGGCCUUACUACACAUUCACCGGUAAGUUGCGACCCUUCCCGCAGUCGGAGCCGAGACUGGUUCCGGCUAGUAUUCCUCGCCCGGAUUAUGCCGAUCACAAGGAGGGUCGUUCCAAAUCGGAGGAAUCGUUGAGAGGAAACACUACGAUCAAAAUUUUGGAUGACGAAGAAGAGGAAGGCAUGAGAGUUGCAACCCGUCUAGGGCGGGAAGUUUUAGAUGAAGCUGCUCGCGUCUGCGACGUGGGAGUUACGACGGACGAAAUCGAUCGGAUCGUGCACGAGGCUUGCAUUGAGAGAGAAUGCUAUCCGAGUCCGUUGAAUUACUACAACUUCCCGAAGUCGUGCUGCACGUCGGUGAAUGAAGUGAUUUGCCACGGAAUUCCGGACAUGCGCCCGCUGGAGGACGGCGAUCUUUGCAACGUUGACGUGACGGUUUAUCAUCGCAACUUCCAUGGGGAUUUGAAUGAGACGUUCUUCGUCGGUAACGUCAAGGAACAGCACAAGAAGCUGGUGCAGAUCACCUACGAGGCGCUGAUGAAGGCGAUUGCCAUUGUGAAGCCGGGAGAGCGUUACCGUGAGAUAGGAAACGUAAUUCAGAAACACGUCCAUGCCCAUGGAUACAGCGUUGUUAAGAGCUACUGCGGACACGGCAUCCAUAGACUGUUCCACACCGCUCCGAAUGUGCCACAUUAUGCCAAAAACAAUGCCGUCGGCGUGAUGAAACCCGGCCACUGUUUCACCAUCGAGCCCAUGAUCUCCGAGGGAUCCUGGCGCGACGUAUCCUGGCCGGAUGACUGGACCGCUGUCACGGCUGACGGCCUAUACUCGGCGCAGUUCGAGCAAACGCUGCUGGUCACCGAAACGGGCUGCGAUAUUCUAACACUGCGGAGGAAUGCCAACGGACUGCCUCACUUCAUGGACAAACUUUAGGGAACCAACAACCAGACAGCAACGCCAAACCAAUUUGAUUCGCGUUAGAUUCUUGUUCAUCUUUAGUCAUCAUCAUAACAGUGCUUUCUUUUAGUCCUACCAAGAAGCAAUAGAAAUUGUCCCCAACUUUACAAAAAAAAAAAACCAUCCACUAUGUUUGAAACGGAUUUUUUUGUGUAAUAUACAGAAGAAAAAAAUAAUGUUCAUUAAAACUAACUUACCUGAUCCUACAGGACAA